GCGAUUUUACUGCUCAUGGUUUUGACCACCAUCUCUGCCCUCUCAAGUUUGGAAAAUUUCUGCAUAACGUAUCUUGAGCAGACGGCGGACGACACCUACAGGUGCUCCGCGAAGGUGGGGACGAUCUCCUUCAAGGACUCCCGGGACGACGCUCUGAUCGCCUACCUGUGCUGCCUGGGCGCGUGGAACGACGUGACCCACAACUACAGCGUGUAUCUCGACUCGACGUUCCUGCAGUACGUCUCCUACCAGACCAACGACACGGUGCUGUUAAACAUCGCCAAUUUCGUCAAGAUGUGCACAGCGAACGCGGACUUACUUCCGGUUCUGACGACCGAUAAUUUCUUGUACUGGGGCAACCACAGCCACGUGGUCGCAAACUGCAGGCAGAACUGA